GGUUCCAGCCGAUCAUGUGACGACCCAUCAUGGCGGCGCCCAGCGAGGCGGAGGAAGAAGCGGUAGUUUAUUUAAUAGUUGGUGGUAUCCCCUCUGGAUUGCGCUCAGCCCAGCUGCGGAGCUACUUUAGUCAGUUUCGGGAACAGCGCGACUGUGGCUUCCUCUGUUUCCACUACCGGCAUCGGCCUGAGCGAGCUCCUCCCCAGGCUGCUCCCCACUCUUCCAUAACUCCUGACGGCCAAGUUCUCGGCCAAACUUCAGUAACCGAUGCUCCUGCUGUUUCCACUCGGGAUUCUGCCCCUGCCCAGACCCGCACUUGUUGCUGCGUCAUCUCGGUACGGGGGGCGGCUCAAGCCCAGAGGUUUCUUCGUAUGUAUUCGGGCCGCCGGUGGUUGGAUCCUCAGGGGAUUUGGUUGCCUGGCCGCUGUUUCAUCCGCAGACUUCGGCUACCUACUGAGCCUUCAGGUUCGGGCUCCUUUCCCUUCAAGACACGGAAGGAGCAGCAGAGUCGGAAAGCCAACGAUGAAGCCUUCACUCUGGCCGACCUGAGGCAAUUGCCAGAGCUCAACCCACCAGUGCUGAUGCCCAAUGGGAAUGUGGGGACUCCCUUAAGGGUCUUUUUGGAGUUAAUUCGGGCCUGCCGCUUACCCCCUCGGAUCAUCACUCAGCUGCAGCUCCAGUUUCCCAAGACAGGUUCCUCCAGGCGCUAUGGCAAUGUACCCUUCAAGUAUGAGGAAUCCGAGACUGUGGAGCAGGAAGAGCAUGUGUACACGGCCGAGGGCGAGGAAAUACCCCAGGGAAGCAGCCUGGCAGAUACACCAGCCAGCCCCUGUGGAGAGCCGGAGGAGACAGAGGAGAAGGAGGAGGAAGAGUCGUGGCUCUCAGAUGACGACGAUGACCGGGGUGAGGAAUGGGAACGGCAUGAAGCACUGCACGAGGACGUGACCCGGCAGGAGCGCACCUCUGAGCGGCUCUUUGAGGAGGAGAUCGAGCUCAAGUGGGAGAAGGGUGGCUCUGGCCUGGUGUUCUACACGGAUGCCCAGUUCUGGCAGGAGGAGGAAGGAGAUUUUGAUGAACAGACAGCUGAUGACUGGGACGUGGACAUGAGUGUGUACUACGACAGAGAUGGUGGAGACAAGGAUGCCCGAGACUCUGUCCAGAUGCGCCUGGAACAGAGACUCCGUGAUGGCCGGGAGGAUGGCUCUGUGAUCGAACGCCAGGUGGGCACCUUUGAGCGCCACACCAAGGGCAUCGGGAGGAAGGUGAUGGAGCGGCAGGGAUGGGCUGAGGGCCAGGGCUUGGGCAGCCAGUGUUCAGGGGUGCCGGAGGCCCUGGAUAGUGAUGGCCAGCACCCCAGAUGCAAGCGUGGACUGGGGUACCAUGGAGAGAAGCUGCAGCCAUUUGGGCAGCUGAAGAGGCCCCGACCAACUGGCCUGGGGCUCAUCUCCACUAUCUAUGAUGAGCCCCUACCCCAGGACCAGGGGGAGUCGCUGCUGCGCCGCCAGCCUCCCACUAGCAUGAAGUUUCGGACAGAUGUGGCUUUUGUGAGGGGGUGCAGCACCUCAGAGCCUGAGUGAUAGGCUUGAGGGUUUCUCAGGCAGCAUCGCUAACUGCAGAGCCGCGGCCCUCCGCCCCGGCCUAUCUUCCAUGGACGCAUAAAGGAGUCUGGGAGCAGCAAUCCCUGUGGCUUGUUUACGGUGCUUUGUUCUGAACUUGCCAUCCAGUUCUCUACCUCCAGGACAUUUUUACAAGAAGUCCCCUCCGCUCCCCUUUGAUAUUAGGGUUUAAGCCCCUCUCCUCCUUGGUCUUCUAACCUUAGUCCCAGUUUGGCCUGGCUCAUCCAGCCCCCGCAGUACCUUGGAAAGCUGAAGUGACUGGGGUUAUCAGCACAGCCUUCUCUGGGGGGGUGGUAAGGAGAGGAAUCUACGAAGGUCAGAAGAGAGAAAAGGACCUGGAGGAGACGACUCGCGGCUCCGGCUGAGCCGGC